AUGGAAACCGCCACCCAGCCGCCACGUCCGACCACCUUAGCCCUCGAGACCGGUCCCGUUCGACUCGUCGUGAAGUUCCGAUCAAGACCCACCCAAUUUCCUUGCCGGAAAGCCAGAGAAUCGUCGACGGUAUCGACUGGUUCGAACCGGAAGUUUCUGAUCGUUGCGCCGCCGCCUCCGCCGUCCGUUUCAGGUAAAAUUGGUGAGGAAUUCGCGGAUUGUGAAUCGGAGCCCCGGAUGUUCCAAUUCAAUAAUUCAAAGGUUGUGAGAUUAGCGAUAACCAUACGAUUAGAAGCGAUUCCCCAACCUGUACUUCGGUUGAUCAUACGCAGCAGGCAGGACCCUCUCGGGGCCGGGCAGCUUGGGAUUAUCUGCUUCCCACACACGUCGUUGGCAGUGCCGGUGAGGUGGGAAGGCCAUGAGAUUGUAGGUCUCACACAUGUCGUUGGCAGUGCCGGUGUUGCCGGUGGGGUGAUGAUACUGUCUGCGCACGUAGGACUUGUUAUGAGAUAUGUGAGCUACACGUGUCGUUGGCAGUGCCGGCGUGUGAGCUAUGGAGUUCCGUCCCCCGGUUGGACUACUCAUCCCUGGAUGUGGGUUAGUACCUGGAAAUCCUGCGUACCAGCCAAACAGUCCCCCGGUUGGAUUGUUUUCCCCGUAGUUGCUCUUGGAAGCGUUCGAGCAGAGUACGAGCUCAAAUCGUUCCAUCCGUAG